UUGCAAUGUAAUGGAUCGAUUCCCACAAUAAAACAAUGUGAAUUUCAGAUUGUCGAAUCAGACGUCGACGUGAUCGGUCUAUCUCAAUCGACGAAACAAGUCUCAAUAAGGGAUCACGACAGCGAACACAACGACGAGGUGAAUCGGUUGUUUACAAUUAUCAAUGCUGUGCUCGAGGGAAUAAUAGCCAUUUCAGCCUCUGGACUUAGAACACUGUUUUCAGUUCGACACCCACCAGUCCGGCGGAGCGCUUCUUCUGUGUCGUCAACACGAGAACACGAUGUUCACGAACAUUUCCGAAGAUCAUUAAGUGGUAAAUGGCCAAGGCGAUCGAAGACCGACGACGAGAAGGCGCGAGCAUCUCCGAUCACCAGAAGAACCUCAUUCAACAGUCACGGCAGCUCCAACUGCACAACACAACCGCAUGUGAUUGUCAGCAACAGCGGCGUCGACAGUGAGUUCGUUGUCGAUCAUUUCCGACGCGCGUUAUCCGAAAAAGAUUUCGAGAACUGGCAGCGGAAAAGAAAUGCCACCAAUGCCGCCAAUGAGCCAUCCAAAUGA